AUGUCUCGAAGAUACGACUCCAGAACCACGAUUUUCUCGCCCGAGGGCAGGCUCUACCAGGUGGAGUAUGCGCAGGAGGCCAUCGCCAAUGCAGGCACGGCGAUCGGCAUUUUGGCCCAAGACGGCGUGGUGUUGGCCUGCGAGAAAAAGGUCACCUCCAAAUUGCUCGACAACGACGGGUCGGCGGAGAAAUUGUACCAUCUCAACGACCAGACCAUGUGUGCGGUGGCAGGAAUGACGGCCGACGCGUCCAUUUUGGUCAACAACGCCCGUGUCACGGCGCAGAGGUAUUUGAAGACAUACAACGAGGAGAUCCCGUGCGAGCUUCUCAUCAAGAGUCUUUGUGACAUCAAGCAGGGCUACACGCAGCACGGCGGCUUGCGUCCGUUUGGCGUGAGUUUCAUAUACGCGGGCCACGACGACCGAAACGCGUUCCAGUUGUUCACGUCCAACCCGUCCGGCAACUACAGCGGGUGGAAGGCCACGGCCAUUGGUGCCAACAAUGCGGCGGCACAGACGUUGCUCAAAAAGGACUACCGCGACGAGAUCUCGUUGAAGGAGGCCUGCGAGUUGGCCAUCAGCGUGCUUUCCAAGACCGUGGACAGCAGCAACUUGAACAGCGACAAGUUGGAGUUUGCCACGGUGAGCUUGGGCCCCGACGGCUCGGGCGUGGUGCGCAAGAUCUGGGACGGCGCCGCGGUCGACACCUUGAUCAAAAGCACGGGUGUUUUGGACAAGCCUGACGAAGAGUAG